UUUGUAGACGCAGACGGAUAGAACAUAACAACCAAUGCACGCGCCGGUACCUUACCUGGUCAGACGAGGGACGAAGCAAUAAUUUUUUGAAAAAGUAAUUGGUUGCAUGCUCCAACGAAAGUCAAAAUAGUCAAGGAAAUAUUUGUGCUGUUUUGAUGCUGCUUGCUUUCAAAUUGAAACUUUUGAAAAAGAGCUUAGUAGCCAGCUAGCUAGCCUGGCUGUCAAGGACUAUUUUUUGGACAUCCGAAGCAUUAUUUUAUUUCAGAUAGCUACGCUACUAUAAAGACUAUAAAUUUAGGCAAGUAUGGCAGUUGACCAAGAUAAAGCAAAAAGAAUUUUAGCAGGUUUUAAAUUAAAUUGGAUGAAUUUACGUGAUGGUGAUACUGGAAAAAUUAUGUGGCAAGGAAAUGAAGACUUAUCUGCCGCUGACUUUGAGCAUGAAGCUCGAGUCCCGAAGCGAAUAUUAAAGUGUAAAUCAGUGUCCAGGGAAAUCAACUUUUCUUCCAAAGAAGAAAUGCAAAAGUUCAAAUUAGAGCAAAGAGUGAUGUUCAAGGGAAAAUGUUUGGAAGAGUGGUUUUUUGACUUUGGUUUUGUAAUUCCUGAUUCAACGAAUACAUGGCAGUCUCUAAUAGAAGCCGCACCCUCUGAUCAAAUGAUGCCUGCUACUGUGUUGAGUGGGAAUGUGAUUAUCGAAACGAAAUUUUACGACGAAGACCUUCUAGUGAGCACGUCACGUGUCCGCUUGUUUUACGUGUAACCUUGGUAACAUCGCUGACCUCGUCAUGCGCACUAGAGAAGCAUUAUGCAGUGAUUAUCAGAUUAUUUGCAAGUGUUUUUGAAGUUUGAUUGAUAAGAGUACUAUUUUCGUAUUUAGCGUUAUGUGUAUUUUCAAAAUCCAUAGAACGCCUGUCACAAACAGACAGGAGUGGCUUUCUCGUGAGAUGUGUGCUUUUUUAUCUAUAAACCAUUGAUUUUUAUUUCCAUCCUAUGCGAAUGAGUGACAAUUCAAAAAAAAAUUAAAUUAUCAAAAUGCAUGGGUUGGUUAUUCGCCUGUGUGUUGAUUUUUAAAGUGGGUCGUCAUUCCAGGAGGAUAAUUUCAGACAUAAAAAGUUUGAAACUGGUACUAUUUCAAAUGUUAACAGUUCCUGCUGUUUUGUUGCUACGAUAUUUUUCACGACUUUCGCUUUUAUAGGAAGGGCGCUAAAUUGAUGAUGAUGUGUCGUUUCGUUUUUUCUUGUUCGUCUACAAAAAUGCGCUUCUUCCAGUAUUUUUUGUAAUGUGUUAAGUUUGAGAAUAGUUUAAGGUGGAUACGUGUUGUAAAAUUAUGGUGGAAACGUUUUUUAAAACUUCAUGUAUAUAAUUUUGACGUUGUUGACAUUGGCAUGCCAGAUUGGCGACAAUUUGCAAAUUCUCUGUAAAUUUUGUAGCUGUCAUGAUUAUCAUAUAUUAAGUUAAUCUCAGAUCAAUUUGUUAAUGACAUAAGAAAGUGUAUUGUAGUCAGACGAAGGUCCAACACAAUUCUGAAAUUUUAGGAGAAACGCACUUUACAUACAUGUUUUGAUCAAGAAAAUUGAAAAGGGAGUAUUUCUGUCAAACCCAGGCUUGUGAUAUAUCAGCAGUAUAUUUUUAUUCGUAUGAUUAUGUUGAUGAUUUUCUCUUUAAUGAAGAGACUUCUUUUUCUUGAUUGUGAAUAGUUGUAAUUUAUUGAUCUGGUUAUAUAAAGUAUGUCUACAACUUGUA